CGCGAAGAAGAAGCGCAUGGAGCACUUUCCCACCGCGGAAAUGGCGCUGUGCGUUGCCGAAGCCUGAAGGGAGCGACUUGUGCUCGUCAGUCGAUCGAAGCGUAUGAGUUGUGCUUUGAAAACGAGGAGCGGAUUAUGAAAGAGGAGACAAGCAAUCGGGAGAUUCGCCAAGAAAAACAAAGCAUCUGUGGCUGCGAUAAAGCUGCCAACGUCCUCGGACAGUGAACAAUGCAAGACCUGACUGCCCAAGUCACCAGCAGCCUGCUGCCUUUCCCACAAGUGACUAAAGAUGCUCUGGGGGAGGAUGAGAUCACACUAGACUCUGUGCUUCAUGGGAAGUUGACUGUUGGCCGCAGUGGGCUGGCCUGGCUGGCCUGUGGUCCCCACUUGGAGGUUGUCCACGCAGUGACGGGAGAACGCCUGUCUGCGUACUGCUUCAGUGGCGGAGGCGAGCACCCACCCUGCGUACGGGCAGCCAGGGACUUCAGCUGGCUCAAACGGUCUGGAUUACUGGUCGGAUUGGAGGAAACGGAGGGCAGUGUACUUUGCCUCUAUGACUUGGGGCUGUCACGGGUGGUUAAAGCUGUGGUCAUACCGGGCCGGAUUACAGCCAUUGAGCCAGUGGUGAGUUAUGGCGGAGCGAGCACCUCCACCCAGCAUCUACACCAGAGUCUCCGCUGGUUCUUUGGCAUCGCUGCCGUAAUAACGGAUCUGGGUCACGUUCUGCUUGUGGACCUCUGUCUGGAUGACUUGUCCUGCGCCCAAAGUGAACUGGAGUCUUCAGACCUGCAGGUAGUGACCAAAUCUCCUGCAGAGAUCCCCCGACUAAGAGAAGUCAGCACCAGGCAGGGCCGCCAUCUUUGUCUCCAGCUCAAUGGCCCCAGUGGAGUUGGAGCCACAGCUCUGCAGUAUAUCUCCCGCACCAACCAGCUGGCAGUGGGUUUUUCAGAUGGAAACUUACAGCUGUGGAACAUGAAAACUCUGAAGAAGGAAUAUCACUCUCAGCUGGAGGGUGGCAGGGUGCCUGUGCAUGCCUUCACCUUCCAGGAGCCAGAGAAUGACCCCAGGAACUGUUGCUACCUCUGGGCCGUGCAGUCUUCUCAGGACCUUGAGGGAGAUAUCGUCAGCCUCCGCCUGCUUCAGAUGGCCUUCAGUGAAAGGAAAUGUCUAACCUCUGGCAAGAUCCUCUAUGAGGGUCUGGAGUACUGCGAGGAGCGCUACAGUCAGGAGUUGAGUGGCACAGCCUUCCCCCUCAGGGCCCACGCAACCAACACCCGCCUGCUGAGCUGCCGCACCAUCGAGAAGUUCCGACCCCACCCUGACCGGGAUGACAGCAUGAACGAAGUUGCAUCCCCGGACACUAGUGUGUCCAUCUUCAGCUGGCAGGUCAAGGCCUAUGGUCAGGGAACCCCUUCUACCUACAUCGGGGUUUUUGACAUCAACCGUUGGUACCACGCUCAGAUGCCGGAUUCUUUGAGAAGGGGAGAGUCUCUGCAAAAUUGUCCCUACCUGGCAGUUUGGUCUCUGGAUCCGGUGGUGCAGAUGGUGUCACAACAUGUCCUCCUGGAUGUCGUGGUGCACGACCGCAGCCUGAGCAGGGGUCUGCCCUUCACCUGCCCCCCUCCAGAGCAGUACUUUAACCCCACCACGUAUAACUUUGAUGCUACGUGCCUGCUCAACUCUGGAAUUGUUCACCUGACCUGCUCUGGCUUUCAGAAAGAGACGCUGAGCUUUUUAAAGAAGGCUGCUCCUUGUUCCAGUGACAUCAUCUCCACUAGCUACUCUCGCUGCCUCAUGUCCGGCCUCCUCUCAUCCCGCCUGGCUGACACUCAGGCUUCCAGCCUCUCCCAGGAGGAGCAGCUGGAUGCCAUCUUGUCAACAGCGGUGGAGACCAGCUCCUUGGGAAUGAUCACUGGCUGUAUCAAGCAGUGGACUGCAGAAGAACAACCAGGAUCCGCACUGAACCUGCGCUACAUUCUCGAUUGGGCCUGGAACAAAGUGGUUCAGACCAAGGAGGAACUUGAUGGCAUCUGUGCACCCUUGUUUGACAGCUCAUCCAACUUCACAGACCCUCAGACCCUGCAGCUGCUGCAGCACAGCCAGAGGCUUCUCACUAACCUCAGUACCAUCUUCCACUGUCUGCUCAGUGAAGCCCAGGAGCUCACACAGAAAGGCUUGGUGGGUCUGAUGAACAAGAACAUGGUGUCCAGUCUGAUUUCCAAGUACGCUCAGGUGGUGCUCUGGUUCUGUCGUACCGGUCUACUACCUGAAAGCUCAGACGAUGACGCUCUCCAGAUCUCUCGUCCUUUCUACACUCACUCAGUCAUCAGUGACUAUUAUACUAUACGCAGAGAGGAGCUCACUAGGCUGGCUAAGGGCAAAUGGUGUGCGGACUGCCUGAUGAUUGAUGGUUUGGUUGGCCAGUGUGGGGAACGCUUGACCAACCUGUGGAAGAGAGAUGAGGGCGGUACUGGGAAAUACCCACCACCUACAUUGCACGCCCUGUUGGACAUUUAUCUACUGGAAAAUAUUGACGAAGCUGCUAAAAAUGCAAUUGUGAUUUACCUGUUGCUCGAUGUCAUGUACUCCUUCCCCAAUAAGGAGGGAGCAUCGGUGGAGUCUUUCCCCCCAGCCUUUGCAAUCCCUAUUGGACUUGUUAAACUAGUGCAAGGCCUCUGGCUACUGGACCACCGUGACCACCAGAGUUCAUUUGAGUUGCUCCUGCAUCCAGCUGCCUCUCAUUGUCAGUUUGAGUGGCAGCACGAGCGUGUCCUACAAGCGCUGAUGUGCCAGAGCCAACACUCAGUAGCACUAAGAUACUUCCACGUUACAAAGCCCCCAAUUUCCUCCACCUCCCGGGCCAAGCUCUGUUUGUCUGUACUACUACACAACAGGUGUCUCGUAGAAGCGUGGUCCCUACUGCGGCAGCACUCGAAUCGCCUCAACAUGGAAGAGCUGCUGGGCUUCAUGUACGAGAGCUGCCAGGAGCUGGGCCUCAUUAAGGAGCUGCUCAAACUGCCCCUGGGCCUCACCGAGCAGGAGGGUUUGGAGAAGUUUCUCCAAGGUACAGGCGGUCUCCAGAACAGAGAACUACUGAUGGUCCAUUACCUUCAGCAGGCCAAGUACAUCCCCGCCCUGCAGCUCAACCAAACCCUCAAGAUGAACCUGGUGAAUGAGCGAGACCCAAAGCUUAAAGAGCGGUCCAACACCAGGAACUCUAUAAUGGAUCUUUAUGGCAAGGUAUUGCCCAAAGUCCAGAGGAAACUGGCUAUCGAGAGAGCAAAGCCCUACCAGCAUCCCUACGCCGUCCACAGAGAAGUCUGCCGGCCGCAGCCACUGUCAACCAUCACCAAACGCUCCGCCAGCGAGAAGGUGAUGUCAAGGGCCGGCUUCAUCAACAACGUCCUGACCAAGAUUGAGGAGGUGUGGUCGGGCAAAGGAGCUACACCACCGUCCUCCCCGGCCAAGAGCUCCUGGACAGCUGAUGCCCAAAGCCCCAAGCCCUCUUCCAUGGUCCUUUCUGAUCCAUUCCUGGGAACUCCCAUCACUAAGAGCUCCAAACGAAGGUCAAGGCUGAUGGACCUGGUGGUUCACCCCUCCUGUCAGACCCCUCGGCCUCUUCUCAGCCCCCCCAGACCUCCGAGCUCCUGGGUUUCUCCAAAGAGCGUCAGCAAAGCCCCCGAACUCAGUCUGCUGCAAACACCGCAGGUCGUCAAGCGAGCUCGGGCCUUGGCUGCUUCUGGCCCGGUGUUCACAGCCUUCACUCCUCAGUCCAUCCUGCGCAGCAGCCUAAGGCCCACACCCGUCGCCACGCCGUCUGCUUCUCCAGGACGCUCCAUCACCCCCCCAAUCCGCAGCAAAGAGAGUCGGAUCACCUUCAUCGAAGAGGAAUCUCCUGAACCGGAGAAAGGCAUCCGAUGGACCAAUGGGAUGGCAGCAGAAAGUGAGAUUAGCCUGCUGACCAGGGGCUCCAUGCGAUCCAAGACUUCGCACAAGACCUGGUCCUCGCAGCCUGCCGAGCAGGAGGAAGGGGAACAGCCUUGUGUAAAGCUCUCGCCUCGAGUGGGGUGUAUCCGCUUCCCACAGCUGAAAAGCACCGAGAGCAAGUCGCCCUCCAUCCGUGAAGCCCCUGCAGGGACGAGGCUGUCCGAUGCAACUCCAGCACAACUCAGCCUGAGCUUUGACACCAGCGAGUUAUCCGUUCGUUCGACGGACACCACUUUAGAAUUUUAUGACGCUCCUCUUCCCGAUACCUCGGAGGCCCAGGACGUGAAAGAGGGCCAUUCAGCGGCAGAGAUGGAAGAUCAGGUGGUCACGGUGAACAUCCAAGGCCUAGCUGAAAAUCAAGAACCAACUGAAAGUACCUCAGCCGCCACUGAGCAAACCCCUCUCCUCCUACUGACAUCUGAGGAUAUAGAGAGGGGGGAAGAGGAGGGGGAGGAGGAUGACACCAUCGAGGACGUGUUUGAGAUUGGUCUUGAAGAGCAGACUGAAGAGCCAGAUGAGCUUGAGUCAAUUGAAGAUGCUGCAACUUUCCCCCAGCCGGAGAUUUCUAUUCCCCAUCAAGUUUGUAACCAGGUAACUGAGAGCACAGACUCUCAGACGGGCCCUGAGGUCCAAACCCCGGAUUUCCAAGUGGCGCAGGAUGUCCAAACAGAAGCCAGUGAAUCCACAAAGUUCACGGAGUAUCUGGAAAUAUCUGCAGCGCCUGAACCCACAGAUGAACUGGAAGAGGAUCUGGAGCAGUCAACAGAUCUGACAGAGUUUGUGCAGAGACAUCUGUUUGGCAACGAUCUCUCACUAAUCCGCUCAGGGAUCCACAACACAUCCCAGACCCAAGCGUCCUUCAACAAUGAGUCGCAAGGUGAGGUUGAAGAGGAGGUGCAGGCCGGUGUUGAAGCUCCCACGGUGUCCACCAACCCGAUAUCUACUGCCUCUGUGACAUCCUCUGAGCCAACCAGCACAGACUCCCACUCGGUUGUGAGUGUAAACGACAGCGAAGAGCUUUCUAGCCUUGUGUCGGAGGAGGAAGAGGAUGAGGAGUCUGAUCAAGCUGAAGAGGAGGAGGAGGAUGAAGAUGAGGAGCAGGAAGACUCUGGUAGUGAGGUGGAGAUCAUUGAAGAGGUCCAGGGUAAUGGGAGACUGCCACCCCUCCAGCCCGGUUCAGCCUUUGAUCAGGGACACACCCACUUUCUGCCAAGUCUAUCAGAGCAGGAGGCUGCAGAGUUCUCUCUGAUACCACCUGGGGUAGAGAUGAAGAUGGUGGAGGAGGACAUGGGCCAGGUGGUGAUGGUGAGACUCGGGGCGGAUGAAGAAGGGAUAGAGGCAGGUGACGAUGAAGAGCAAGGAUCAUCAUACUUGGAGCUGAAGCCCUCGACUACUCUACUCGUACCCCUUGAGCUCGUGGAGGGACAGGCUGGUCUUCUUGAUAGUUCUCAGCUGGGUCCUCCUGAGCUUCAGCAAGCCAUUGUGCCAGAUGACCCCAGGUCCGAAACUCCCAGCGGCUUUUCUCUGAUGCUGGACAUAGACGAGGGCCCGGAUGAAGAGACGGACACGCUGCCUAUGGAAAAUGAUCUGUCGUCCUCCAGCCCUCCCAGCCUGUCCCCAGCAGUAGAGGCUGUGGACGACCUUGCGGACAAAUCUGAGGUUAAUCUUUUGAUAACUGACUAUCAGGAUCCUCCUCCGCCUGAAGAAGUACCGGAAGAGGACCAGCGGAAAGAGACUGACACCGUGGAUGGAAUUGAGGUAGAUGGGACGACCGAGUCAGAAUUGGCAAAACUUGCUGACGUUCAAACUGAAAACACUGAAGCAAACCAUGAAGCAGAAGAUGCUAAAGAACUGAGUGAUGCAGAGUUUCUAACGUUGGUUGAAGUCCAUCAACCUGCAGGUCUCUCAGUCUCUGGCUCCACUCCACUGGGAGAAGUCCCAGCAGUGAUGUUGGCUGAAGAUCAAGAACCUGAAGGUCUGUCACUGUCUGGACCAAGUCCUUUGGGAGAAGUCCCAGCAGUAAUGUUGGCUGAAGAUGAAGACCAUGAAGGUCUCUCACUCUCUGAACAAAGUCCAAUCGGAGAAGUCUCUGCAGUAUUGUUGGCUAUCGAUCGUGAACCUGAAUGUCUUUUGGUCUCUGGACCAAAACCAGAAGGAGAACUUCCAACUGAAGAUCGUGAACCUGAAGGUCUGUCACUGUCUGCACCAAGUCCAGUGGGAGAACUCCCGGCAGAAGUGUUGGCUGAAGACCAUGAACCUGAAGGUGUCUCACUCUCUCAACCAAGUCCAGUUGGAGAAGUCCCUGGAUUAUUGUUGGCUGACGAUCAAGAACCUGAAGUUCUUUUGGUCUCUGGACCCAGUCCGACGAGAGAACCCCAUGCAGUGGUGGAUGAAAAAGAUACUGCUGAGGAGGAGGACAAACCACCACCACCACCCACUGUGGACCAGGAAGAACCUGAAGAGAAUAGGAAUGUUGAUGUGGACACGGAUAAAGUCCCCAGCAUAGAAGCAGCCGCUGUCGUGGAGGACAAUCAGCAGGGCAACAAAGCGGAUGUUGGGGAAGAAAUUAAGAUGGAGAAUAAAACAAGAAGAACCACCAGGGGAAGACCGAGAAAAGAUAGCCAGACGGAGGGACAGCUUGUACCGGAGACGCCCACGUCUCAGAGGAAAAAGAAAGCCCCUCCCACCCCAACACGGAGGACCACGAGAGGGCGGACCGUCACAUUUGUCUCUCCCCUCGCGGAGGAGUCCGAGGAGGAUGGGACCAAUGAGGAGGUAGGAACGAGCGCUCUGGUAUUUGCAUCUCCUAGUCGUACGCCCAGAAAGCGUAAACAGAACAAAGAGACUAACGUCCAAGCGAGCCCAACUCGAAGAAGUACCCGCAACGCUCGGCUAGAACUUCCACGUGACCAUAUCGAGGAGGAUGACGCCAUGGAUAAUGACGCUGCAGCUGCACCAACCUCCAAGGCCUCCUCUCCAGCCAGACGACAGGUUUCCCAGAGGGCCUCUGCCAAGACCAGUCAAAGGACCCAGAGUGAAGAUGACGAGGAACAAGAGGGCGAGGUCAAAGAUACAAAAGCCUCUCGACGAACGAGCUCCAAGACUCCCACGCCGGCCAAACGCAGGACCACUCAGGGAAACACUCCCAGGAGGUCCAACAGGAGAUCAUUGAGUACCAGCGGGGCGAAGCCAACACCAUUAGAGAUGGCAGAAGAGGGGGAGGAACAGGGGGAGGUCUUUGCUUCCCCUGUCAAACUAGACUCCAAGAAAAGCCGUACAGAACCGUCCGAGGCGCAGCCAUCCGUGCUAGAGGAGGAGGAGGUGGAGGAAAGGAAAAAACCCGCCAGCCCCGGCAGGGCGACUCGACAGUCCAACCGGAUUACCCUCAAUGUUUAUCCACAAGUGAAACUGGUGCCUGUAUUACUUCCUCAGAGUGCCAGGAAGACACAAGGAAAGACUACAGUAGAAAAUAUUGAAGAAAGUGGCGUUUUACUUCAACCCGAACUCCACAGCAGCAACUCCCGUCGACCAACUCGAAGCAAACUGUGGGAACACCCGGAGGAAGAGCAUCCCUUACUGGAUUCCCCAUUGGAGGUGGAUUCUGAAACCCCGGUCGCUGACGCCCUCAUCAAGCGACUGCAGGACGAGGAAGAGAAAGAGGAAGGAGGAAUAGUCGUCACAAAGACGCUAAGAACCAGCAAGAGGAGUACGAAGUCAUCUGCGGGGGAGGUUCACGCGCUGCUUCCCCUGAAGGACGGCGUCGACCCCGAACCCGAAGAGUCGAGCCCUGGCGAGCAUUCGUUCAUCUACUCCCCCUCGCGCAGGAAAACACGAGCUAACAGAGCAGAAUCUCCCUGCCCGAGUGACGAGUCCACAGCACGGGUGACCCGCAGCAGGAGAAGAGUCUGCAGAGAUGAUUCUGAAGCUCCUCGUCAGGAAAUUGCUUCAGAAGAGGAUCUGGUGGACGAGGAGAAAGCACCAGGUGUUUCUAAGACCAGCAAAGCAGGCAAAAGAGCAGCAAAAUCCAAAGCGGUUCUGGAGCCGCCUCCCGUAGCAGAGGUGGACCUGAUCUCGCCUCUGCCCAGCCCGGCCGAGCCCGUCCCGCGGGCGCUGAAGAGGAUUCUGGAGGGAGAGGCCCCGACCUCGAGCAUGAACCUUCGACGCAAACGCAUAAUGGACACCGUUUUAAAAAAGCCUGUCACACGAAGGAAGAAACUUUAAGGAGGUUUGUGGUGGUUUCAACCAGUGAACCUCAGACGGCCACCACACAAUUGGAAGCAACUCGGUCGGGAGCUGUCGAAUAAAAGUGUAUGCGUAAACUCAAGAUGGUUCUAUUCCCUCAAAGCCCUCACAUUGCUGUGAUUCUUUGUAUUUACCUGCAGGACAUUAAAAAUAGCAAUGUAGGCGUAAAAAUCUAUUUUUUAGAGCAAAACUUGUGGAUCGCAGUGUGAGCGAGCAUUUAUUUUUGGAGUACAGAUCCCGCUCGUACUAACUGGAUUUCACUUGAUAAAGUAUCUGUAGCCAUUCGGUUACGCUCCUCGUAAUCCACUUAAUUUUCUGGACAACAAAAGUAAUCGUUUGCUUUUAGAAGCUGCCAUAAAUAAAACCAGAGAGACUGAACAGAACCUUCCUCUAAUAAGAGGUUUUAUUGACAUUGUCUUUUAAUUCUUUUGUUUUCGUUUGGGUUAUUUUGGUCAAGUUUUACCUUUUUUAGAUUUUGAGGCCCGCUGGUUUUCUAUCUGAGAAAAGAAAAGCACCCAACUGAGUGAGGAUGAAACCAUUUUACACAUACAUUUGUAUAUAGUCUUUUGCUAUGUUCCAAAUAAAGUUAAUAAAUACAUCCAUAAGAAUUACGCUCUUUUUGAAAUUUGAAGUGUCUCGAAUGUGUUUGAUCAUCCAUUUAGAUUUGCCUGUGCCGUAAUCUUACAAUUUCAGUCGAUCUGUGUAAUCUGUGAGCUAGUUGAUAGUGUGACAGAAACAAAAAGACCUGCACAAUGGUUUGGAGUUGUUUAAAUAGUUUUGGGACAUGUUAAUAGGCUUUGAUCCAUUUAAUGUCAACCACCAUCUGACACAGGCUAUUUUCUGAUGAAUGUAUGUAGAAUGUCUUAUUUUUGAUGACUGCUCUUUGAUAAAUAUGUUAACGCUCGAAUA